CGAAUUCAUUGUAUCCGUUUCCGUGACAUCACACAACCUCUCCCCUGCCUGCAGCAGUGGGCCAUCAUUCUUCAGACGAGAACCAGUUAAUCAGCUUGAGACGAACGACUGAACAAGAUGGCGGAGUGAGUGGGUUGCGCUCUGGGGGGAAAAAGUAGCGAAUACUUUUCGUUAAUAUUACAACAGAUAAGCAUAAUUCGUUUAUGUAGGCUUUUUCCUGAGAGGUAGGAUUGCGCAAAGUAUAACAUCACCCCUCUGUUUGAGGUGGUUUAGAGAAAGCGUCGGCACAGGGCCCGCACGGAUAAAGCGUCCUUCCUAUGUAAAUGGUUAGCUAGGUUGGCUUCGGCAUUUUAGCAACGCUUUUGGGAAACUGGUGGCUAAACUAUACGGAUUUACCGGAAUACACAGGCAAGGAAAAACAUCUAUAGAUGACUGUAAUUAUGAAAUUGUCUUCCGCGUGAGUGUCUAAGGGCGAUAGACGACAGGGAAAUCGUUUAGCUAACCGAUCUGUUUCGGAAAAGUGAAAAAGAACCGAAAGCUAGAUAGCUACCAGUCCAUUAAAUAGACGCGGAUAUUCCAUUAUAAAACGCCGCCAUUUUACGAUUGAGUAGUUUCUAGGGAAGCACAAAAGUCAUGGCAAGUAGCAGCGGUUCUAAAGCCGAAUUUAUAGUCGGGGGAAAAUACAAGCUUGUCCGGAAAAUUGGAUCUGGAUCAUUUGGUGACAUUUACCUGGCAAUCAACAUUACAAAUGGAGAGGAGGUCGCUGUAAAACUGGAGUCACAGAAAGCCAGACACCCUCAGCUUCUGUAUGAAAGCAAGCUGUAUAAAAUUCUCCAAGGAGGAGUUGGGAUUCCACACAUCAGGUGGUAUGGCCAAGAAAAAGACUAUAAUGUCCUGGUGAUGGAUCUUCUGGGGCCUAGUCUAGAGGACCUCUUUAACUUCUGUUCCCGCAGAUUUACAAUGAAAACUGUUCUUAUGCUUGCAGAUCAGAUGAUUAGCAGAAUCGAGUAUGUACAUACAAAAAACUUCAUCCACAGAGAUAUCAAACCCGACAACUUUUUAAUGGGCAUCGGCCGUCACUGUAAUAAGUGUUUAGAACCUCCAGUGGGGAAGAGGAAAAGAAGCUUUCCUGUUAGUUCUUCUCAGGACCCAACUUUCUCAGGAUUAAACCAGUUGUUCCUCAUUGACUUUGGUCUGGCCAAAAAAUACCGGGACAACAGGACAAGACAGCACAUACCAUACAGAGAAGACAAAAACCUCACAGGCACAGCCCGCUAUGCUAGCAUCAAUGCACACUUGGGCAUAGAGCAGAGUCGUCGAGAUGACAUGGAAUCUCUAGGCUAUGUACUGAUGUACUUCAACAGAACCAGUUUGCCCUGGCAGGGACUGAAGGCUGCCACAAAGAAACAGAAGUAUGAGAAGAUUAGUGAGAAAAAGAUGUCAACUCCUGUUGAGGUCUUGUGUAAGGGGUUUCCAGCUGAGUUUGCCAUGUACCUGAAUUACUGCCGUGGGCUGCGGUUUGAGGAGGCCCCUGAUUACAUGUACCUGCGUCAGCUGUUCCGCAUUCUUUUCAGGACUCUGAACCACCAGUAUGAUUAUACUUUUGACUGGACCAUGCUUAAGCAGAAAGCAGCACAGCAAGCAGCAUCCACAGGGGGACAGGGGCAGCAGGCACAGACCCCCACAGGCAAGCAAACUGACAAACCCAAGAGUAACAUGAAAGGUUUCUAAGCAUUAAGGCAGUUGAAUAAAGCAAAGAAGAGAAUAGAGGUCUAGCAGGAUUUGCCUUCAGAUCACAUCCCAGCAUUUAGCAUCAAAUUCACCAUGUCAGGCAUACCGUUCCUCUUAAAAGAACCAGGUUUCAUAUACUACGUAUGUAAUUGGUCUAUAUAGGUAACAUGCUCUGCAUCUAUCUAUAUAUUGGUAUGUGUAUAGUAUAUCCGCAAAGAGCGCAGGCUUGGUAUGGAAUUUGAAGUUGUAAUCUUUUCUAUCUUUGUCCCUGCAUUCCCUCUUUUUUUUUUUUUUUUUUUCUCCCCAGAAUGAUUCUUCAAAAACUUCAGAAAAUAAUUUAUUUUCUGAGGGCAUAACGGUGCAAAAUGAACGUUUGCUCGUUAUUUUGUUAAAAAAAUUUUUUUUCCUGGAUUUUAUUUAUUUUUUUUAUUUUUUUUACAUCAAUGCCUUUCAUGAGCUCUAACUGUCAGAUUUAACAGUUUAUCUCUUACAGUUAAAUCUUGUUGGUUAAAAAAAGAAUCCUGGCUAUUCCUAAGCAGACAUCUCUUUGAAAAAUUAGGAAGAUAAGGUUCUGCCUGUUGUGAUGUAGAAGAGCUUCUAAUGUGACGAUGAAAAAUUCUAGUGACUACUAGAUUUCUCUCUAGACCGCUGCAUUAACAGUUAUUGUACUUGAUAUUCAAAAUAUAAAAAUAAAUAAAAGAAUGAACUCAACAGAAGCAUAUUAAUUAUAAAUUAGACAUCACUUCAGUAAAUUUGUUAAGUGCUUAGAAGAAAAAUUGUAUACACAGAUGAUUUUUGUUUUUUUUCCCAUUAUAUAAAAAUAACUCUGAUUGCCACAGUGGGGUUUUUUUUGUUUUUGUUUGUUUUUUUAAUCAGGAAAAUGUUUUGUAGAGCUUUCUUUUGAAUAAAUCGGUUUAGGGAAAAGGUGUUUAUAUUGCUGCUGAGGUGAAGCUCAUUCUGUUUGAGAACACCCAUGGGACUGUAAGCAGCAUUUUUCUUUCUAGUGGUGAUCUUCUGUGCCGUAUAUAUUUUUUUCUUUAAUGCAACAGUAUAUUGUAGGGUUUCUUUUUGUAUAUGUUCGGGUCCUUUGAGGGAGAGCUUGAAUUUCUGAUUUUAGCCACAAUGCACCAGUAACAUGGUUUUCAGGGUUGUCCCCACCCCACACCCUGCUCUUUUUUUCUUCAUCAACCUCUUCUCCCUGACCAGCUUAAAGUAUUUUAUUGCUGGAUGUUCUAUGAAGUGUAAGUUAUUCCCUUUUAGCAUGUCAGAAUAAAUGACUUCUGAGAAACUCUGA